GAUUAGCUCCGCGUAUUGUCUCGCAGAUGUGGGAGCUCACUCCCGACCGAGGCAUGAGGAGGGCGGCGGUCUGCGGUCCGUAAACAUACAAAUGAAGACGAAAGUGUCGGAGUAAGGGGGUUUCUUUGUCUGCACCACAGAGGACCUCAAUUUGGUGUGCCUGGUUUGACACCGACUAGCCAACUCUCCACCUGUAACUCUGCUGCUGCUGUCACCAUGGCAACCAGUGCUGUGCCAAGUGACAACCUGCCAACAUACAAGCUGGUGGUGGUGGGGGAUGGUGGUGUUGGGAAGAGCGCGCUCACCAUCCAGUUUUUCCAGAAGAUAUUUGUGCCAGACUACGAUCCCACGAUAGAAGACUCUUAUCUGAAGCACACAGAGAUUGAUGGACAGUGGGCCAUUCUUGAUGUGUUGGACACUGCUGGUCAGGAAGAAUUUAGUGCCAUGAGGGAGCAGUACAUGAGGACAGGAGACGGCUUCCUCAUCGUCUUCUCUGUGACAGACAAGGCUAGCUUUGAACACGUGGACCGAUUCCAUCAACUCAUACUGCGGGUCAAAGACAGAGAAGCCUUCCCCAUGGUGCUGGUGGCCAACAAAGUGGACCUGGUACAUUUAAGGAAAGUCACCACUGAUCAAGGUCAAGAGAUGGCUGCUAAACACAACAUAACUUAUAUCGAAACCAGUGCCAAGGAUCCUCCAAUGAAUGUGGACAAAGCUUUUCAUGAGUUAGUGCGAGUUAUUAGACAACAAGUCCCAGAACGGAACCAGAAGAAGAAAAAGAAGAUGAAGUGGAGAGCAGAACGGUCCACGGGUUCUCACAGGUUCCACUGUGCCAUAUUGUGACCUCCCUAUUGUUCUGGCUUCAUUUUCAAUGGACACACAUGCACACACGUACAUACACAUUGGAUGUCAGGGAACUCCCCAGCAGUCUGUAUCUACUGGAGCACAAAGGGAGGCGGUUUAGACCUUGGAGACGAAGAAGAUGUCCUCCCAGCCAUCGUGAUGCCUUUAUUGAGCGCUAAUCCAGAACCCCCCACCAAAGGAUGUCUCCCUCAUCAGUCAAAGUACUGUAUGGAAUCAAAUGUGGCACAAGACGGUAGACUCGGGGAAAGUUGAUGGCCAUGGUAAUGUCACUCCUGUCUUAUGAAAGAGAAGGAAGCAGUGGCUGUUGGAUAGAGACGCUGUCACAGAAUCUCAACUGCAGUGCGAUCGAUGUUUUUCCUCUCUUUGUACACUAGUAUUAAUUGUGGUAUUGGAGCAAAGGCGUAAAGGGCUGUACUUCAAGUUGUCUCUGCAAGGGCAGACAGAAGGUUGAUUUAUAGUUUGGCAAGUUGUGGUAAAUGUUGUGGUUGAGGAUGCACUUUAGUGGAUCGUGAACUGGCUUGAACCUGAUGGAAAGUGGCAAAGUGGACUGCAGAAGGAACAUUAUUUCAACCAGCCAGCUUUUGGAUGAAGAAGUCAUGGGAUCCUAUGAUAUCAUUUGUGUCUUAUUACGUAUUUCAUAUGGGCUAAGGAGAGAAAAUGACAAUACACACAGGGGGUCCAUACAGUGUCUUCACCAUUAAUAUAAGACAGUUGAUGGGAUAUGCUUGGACGGGUUUUAAUCACAUUCCACCUCUGCAAUGAUAAGGAAAAAAUGCUUGGAAAAUGUACAGCAUUUCUUGGAAACAUUCAUUUGGGACACUGAUGCUGUGCUAUUCAUUUGCAUUUGUAAUUAAUGUGUUAAAGAGGGAGACAAACACCCUGUAUAUGUUUGUAGAAGGCUGUUUUGCAAACACAUUAAUUUCAGGAUGAGAAUGGAAUCAGGGCUAGAGAAUGGGAAUCAGUGGGUGAGAGGAAUGAAAGCCUGGUGGGCUCAGCAGCCGAGUGGGAGCAGAAUGUACAACGUAAUAACCUUUGAAAUGGCUUGUACUGUUAACACACUAAAAUCCGGGGGGACACAUUACUGUCUGAAUGAAAACAGAAAGAAAACAUUUUUUUGCACUUUUAAUACAUGUUGUGGAUUUCCCGCGGCCGUAUUGUUGACUUGUGUUAAGCAAAAAGGUGACGUGCUCUGUCCGGUCUCAUACUAUGCCAUUAUUGUAUUGCCAUGUAUUCAUUUCAAGGCCCCGAUAAUAAUCUACAAGUUGAAUGUGUAUGGAAAAAAACAUAUUUAUUGUGGAACAUACAUUCUCCUCCGUGAAGGAGACAAAGUCAGAUGAGAUGGGAUCAGUAUCGUUCGAGUGUUAAAGGGACUUUCCUGACGACUUUGAAGUGCUUGUUAUUGAACAAAACUAAUGCGUUUGCAUCGUACAUAUGUUUGAUACCAUUUUGUAUUCAAUAUGAUUGUUGAAGUGUUUUUUAAACGAAUAAUUUAUAACUGUCUGUCACAUGAAUGAUGACAAUAUCUUAUUUCCUAUUAUCUGAUGUGUUAUUCCUUAUUUUUUGUCUCAUUGAGUCUGGCGUGAACAGUGGACCAAAGCACGAAGGAGAAAAAUACCUUUUGUUUUACCAAACUUUAUUGUUAAAUGUUAUCACAGUGUAGGGCUGUGACAUUUGCUGUCUUUAUAAAAUACGUGACGCCAAAAGUUAAAAUACUAAAAGCCACUCUGUUUUGCCUCGGAGUGAACAGUCAUAUUUGUUAGUUCCUGUAGAUUCUUUACUGAUGGUUAACCACAUUUUUAAAAUGAAUAAAUAAAAGAUUAAUAUCAAAAGUGAUGCAUAGGUGCAAGUUUCAACUGGAAUCAAAAUUAUUUUUGGGUUGUGUGGCUGAAGGUGGUAUGGCUCUCGUCCAUGGAGACACACGAGUCAUGAAGCAAACUAAAAUUGUUCUCCAUAAAGAGCAAUCUCAUUCCCGCCAGCAGAAUUGUUUAAGAGAAUAAUCUGAACCCACAGAUCCAUAUUUAUGUUGAAUGGUUUUUGUAUUCAUGGUCUCCUAUAUGUCCUCUCACCUUAAAGCAGACAAAUCAUAUAAUACCGAAGUACUGGUGACGCAAUCAUUUAAAGAAAUAAAAAAAAAAACAACCCUGGAUGACAUGUGAGCCAAAUUGAGCACUUUUGAUUUAUUUAAACUGUAUGUUAACGCAUUGCAGACUUAAUGAAAGGUGAUUUUGUUUUUUUGGGUUUUUUUUUUUAUGUGGGGAAAACACAAAGUGUGAGCCCUGUUGUUAUUUUGUCUUUUGGAUUGUGUUUUCUCUGGCUUUGUCAGACCGAGGUGCUAGAUAAGGCAAGAAACGUGGCCUUGUUGUCUAGCCUCAGGGGUUGAUUCUAUUUCA